GUUACACUCGUAACACUGGUUAUGCAAGUGUUCCAUGGUCACACUUGGUCCAGUCAGGCAGAGAGUGCAGUGGUAGCAGCAAGUAAAUGUGUCAACCAGUGGGCAGCAUUCUGUAUGGCCCGACAGGCAUCAAGAUAUGGCCACCAUAACUUGGCUGCUGGGAUGUAUGGAGUACUUAGUUGGCGGGUGUGUUCUGACCAACAACAUUUCUGGGUUUCUGCUCUGGGUGAGGUGAGUCGUGGUGAAGCCAGCCCAGCAGCUCCUGGUGACCGUGCUGACAAUCUCACGGCAGCCAACACUCAUCUUCACAGAGCACUUUCAGCUCUUAAGGCUGCAAGCACAUCUAGUCAGCCAAUGACUUUCUGUCAGGAGUAUGUGAGACUUCGAGCAGAAUCUUUUAUGUGCCAUGCUCAACUGCUCCAUGCCUGCCUCUCUCUUCGCACUGCUCCUCCUCCUGCUAUUGCUGCAUCUUUAGCAACAUCAACUAGGGAUGAUCUCUUAAGGUGUGGCAGAGUGUCACAGCAGCUUGCAAAAUCAGCUCGAGAUUUUAACAGUUUAGCCUCUCAAUACGGAAAUCUGUAUCAGUCAGUAUUUGAUGCUGAUCCUAAAACCCUGUGCAACAUAGCACUACUACAACAAGGUGCAUUGUUGGUGGCUCAGGGUAUUGAGAUUAUCACGCGACCAUCAGCAGGUCAACUGACAGAAGAUUUCACUGGUCCAGACCUAACCACAAUCACCAGCAAACUUGGAGGUGGGGAAACAUUAGAAACCCAGUCUAUAAUUACUACACUAGAGGAGGCCACAACCAUGGUUCGCAGAUUAGCUCAGGUGUCUUGUGAAGUCAAGCCUGUAAGAGAGCAGCAUCUGCAGCUAUUACAGGGAAUAUCUCAAGUACUGACAAGUGUACCUCUUCCAUAUCCUCGAUUCUUUUUCCAGACUCUACAGAAGACUACUAUAACAUUAGCUCUUCUUCCACAACCUAGAACUCCUGGUGACCCCAUCUCUGUGCAGACAUCCUCAAUGCUAGCAGUUAAAGUAGAAGGUGUUAUAGGUCAUGGCAAGAGACCAGGACUUUUCAGAUCUGUUCGUUCUGUCACUUUAACUGUUAAUUCAGUAAUUCAAAACCGUCCUCAGCACACCUUAGAUUUGAAGAUUGAGCCAAAUGAGCUGUUGACCCAAACGGUAGAACCACACAAUGAUUUCUUUGCAGCACAGUUCUUGCUGGGCUUUCCUGUACCCGGACUAUACCAAGUGAGUGUGGAUACUUCGGUCACAGAUGAAUCUGAUGAUGCCUGGCAGACAGGGCCCCGUCACACACUUACUGUCAAGUCACAAGAAGACCCAGCCAGUAAGGCAAACAUUUCACAAACUCCACGUCAGGUACCUCCCAGCCAGUAUGCACCUACCUCUACACAGGGAGUACCAGGGCCUCCACCAGGAGUGAGUGUAUUACCUCCUGGCCCUCCAGGAGGUAACCCUCCACCUGUUCCACAAAUACCACAGUAUAAUAUUCCCAGACCUGGACUCUAAAAUUAUUUUGUAGUGUUGUAAUUUAUAUUAUUGAAAUUUAAUGGCUGUAACAACUAAGGUAUUUUAAGGUUUACACUUUGCCAUAAUAAAUUGAAAUAUUAAA